ACUAUGACGUCAUGUUAAGUACAACGUAUGGAGCUAGACAGAUCAUGCUCGUGGAACGUUUCAUGUCUUAAUGUUGCACAGAAAACUAUCGGGUGCGGUUGGUCUAGCUACGACAUGGUCGUCUUAAGAUGACAGCCCAGACGCACGAAUUGAAUGAAAGUGUAUUGCUCAAUGUAAAACACGCCAGUGUUAGCCACUGUUGGUCAAGGAUUAAAAACGAUGUUUUGCGAGAUAUUGGAGCGUCAGACUUCAUCGCAGUUCCAUACAUUCAAGACAACACACUUUACAAUGUUGGUGCCGUGGUUUUAAAGAAACACAAGGUGUUCAAAGAUUUAUUUAGCCGUAGCUACCCGGAUGCUCUUCCCGUGACAACGCUGGAGAAUCUCAUCAAGCCCGACAACCCGACUCCACCAGACGUGCUGCUCGGUCUGACAUCAUCAACGGCAGUGACGCGAGAUCCCGAACUAACGCCAGACCAUUCGUUCAAACUCGUACAUCGUGGAGACUCCCUCGACGAGCGAAGGAAGAUUUCGCUGAAGCUAAAGGACGUGCACGUCUUGAGGUUACAGAAUGCCAACGAUACGACUGGGGUAGUUAUCAGCCUCGAUGCUUAUGUGAGCGACUUCCAGAUAACCAAGUUGUAUCUGGUGUAUGAAGUGAUAUACGCCUCCGAAUUCGUAAUGACCGUCAUAUCCGGGGAGGCGAGACAUCAGUACAAACUGGACACGCCCACGCCGGUCGGCUUCAAACUGAACCAGUACACCGUGUCUGCGCAUGCCACUCUGGCGGAACCACGUGACGUGACCGGUACCUUCAGAGUCCGAUGGCGGUCCAAGGCUGGAUUCGCCACUUCGAUAUCGUCGAUGAUGGACGACUAUAAGGAUAAUAGUUUCAUGGCGUGCUUAAUUUCACAAAGAAAGAAGCCUCUGUCCACCCUGAUGGAGGAAGAAACACACGUGUCCACCAAUUCGGAAGGCUCGGCGAAUUACAUUAAGCAUGAGUCACACACUAGCAGGAAAGGUUCUAGAUGAGAGCUGCUGCCGGUGGAAAUGGUUCCUGGGAAAAACAAAACAAAACAAAACAAAACAAAACAAUGCGUGUUUUCAUGAUCUAGCUUGUCGCAGAUACCACACUUGUAGUAUGAACCAUUGAUUAAACAAUCUGCUGGGGUGUCGUAAAAUACAUCCAUAUACUCACUAAUCAAGUUGACGUACCAGAAAUGUACAUGUAAUUUUGCACCUCAAAGAAAAUCUCUUUAUGGAUAAAUUUAUUGAUGUUACAAACUGAUAUAAAUAUGUUCCAUAUUGACCCUAGAUAACACAUUGUAAAACUAUGGUGAAACGCAUGCGUAAACAUGUGUUUAAAUAAGGAAAACUAUGGUAAAAAAGCUUUCUUUUAUUAUGUACAUGUGUCGUACAAUACAUAAACCAUUCGUAAUUGUUUUGUAUAAAUAAUAAAAAAGAAGCAACAACAAUACAUUACAAGACAGUGUAUUGUAUAAUUUUCAAACCACUGAUGAUUUUUGGUUUGUGUGUAAAUAAUUAAAAGAGAUAAUAAAGUGUUACAGUACAGUU